AUGAAUGCUGCUGUACAAAAGGUACAUGAGCCAACUUGUACGGUGACGGCCAAACCACCGGGUUUCAUAUAUACUGGAGAAGUUGUACAUCGAAUGUUAACAGCUACACAAUAUAUUGCACCCUUAAUGGCAAAUUUUGACCCCAGUGUGUCAAGAAAUUCAACAGUCAGAUACUUUGAUAAUGGCACAGCACUAGUUGUCCAGUGGGACCAUGUGCAUCUGCAGGAUAACUACAACCUGGGCAGUUUCACUUUUCAGGCCACCCUUCUCAAUGAUGGGCGUAUCAUUUUUGGCUACAAAGAAAUUCCUGUCGCUGUCACACAGAUAAGUUCAACCAACCACCCGGUGAAAGUGGGACUCUCAGAUGCAUUUGUGGUCGUGCACAGGAUCCAGCAGAUUCCCAAUGUCCGUAGAAGAACAAUUUAUGAAUACCACCGAGUGGAGCUACAGAUGUCAAAGAUUACCAAUCUCUCAGCUGUUGAAAUGAUACCUCUUCCAACUUGUCUCCAGUUUACCAGCUGUGGGCCCUGUGUCACUGCCCAAAUUGGUUUCAACUGCAGCUGGUGCAGUAAACUCCAAAGAUGCUCCAGUGGAUUUGACCGUCACCGGCAAGAUUGGGUAGACAGUGGCUGCCCUGAAGAGUCAAAAGAUAAGAUUUGUGAGAAGACUAUAGACACAACGGAAACACCUCCAUACUCCACCACCAUCCUUCUGCCAACCACCACAAAGUUCAGAGUUUUAACGACCACCAGAGGAUCCACCACUUCUCACCUGCCAACUAGUCUCCCCACAGAAGAUGACACCAAGAUUGCACUGCACCUAAAAGAUAAUGGAGCUUCCACAGAUGACAGUGCAGCAGAGAAGAAGGGUGGAACGCUUCAUACCGGCUUGAUUGUUGGCAUUCUAAUCCUGGUCCUUAUUGUGGCUGCAGCCAUCCUCGUGACUGUCUAUAUGUAUCAUCAUCCAACGUCAGCAGCUAGUCUCUUCUUUAUAGAGAGACGUCCAAGCAGAUGGCCAGCAAUGAAAUUCAGAAGAGGAUCUGGACAUCCUGCCUAUGCUGAAGUGGAACCUGUUGGAGAAAAAGAAGGUUUCAUCGUAUCAGAGCAGUGCUAAAAUUUAGGACAAAACACCAGUACUGGCCUACAGGUGUAAGACAUUUACUUUGCCUCUCUAAAGAAAAGGAGCCCUAUGCUGCUGUAGCCUGAUAGCAAGAAGAUUUUGGAUAAGUUUUGACCAAGAGGAAAAACUAUCUAAGAUACCAGAUCACCACUGCACAGUAGUUUUUGUUAGUGGACUGAGACACAAUGGGUCAUGCAGAACACUUGUCAGUGGAUACCUGUGGUAUCAGAACUAUGGCACAAGUGCCAUGUUAUUGGCUUUAGGUAUGGGGAUGCACAGUAAUUGAAAACAUAAUAAAGAUUUGGUGC